AUGUGUGUACGGUCCGCACAAGGAAAACUGGACCAGCCACCAGUUUUCCCUACUCCAGCAGCCGCCCCCACCGAGGAGCGCCACGCUACUGCCGACACCCACGCCACUGAGUCCGUACACUCCAGGCGCAACCGUGUAGCCGAGGCCAGAGCGCUGAUCACUCCUCCAGCGACAGCCAGGCCUACUAGCGUGGCCACAACAACUGUUAUGUUUUUCACCGCCCUGGUUGCGGCAGCAUCUGCUGGAGCAGUGCUCGGAGGCUACGGUGGCCUCGGCUACGGUGGCCUUGGGUACGGAGGCCUCGGCUACGGUGGUCUUGGCUACGGAGGCCUCGGCUACGGAGGUCUCGGCUACGGAGGUCUCGGCUACGGAGGCCUCGGCUACGGUGGAGCGGGUCUUGGUGUGAGCGGUGUUGGUGUGGGCAGCAGCGUCGCUUUGCUCAGUGGAGGCCCAGCCUUCGCAAAGGCCGUGGCAGGACCGACGUUUCUAGUGAGAAGCGUACACCACGUGAACAAGAUCCACAACGGCGGUGCUCUCAUAGCGCACAGCGGCCUUGGUGCGGGCUACGGCGGCCUCGGAUAUGGUGGUCUUGGCUACGGCGGCCUCGGAUAUGGUGCCAUCGGAUACAAGGGAUGA